UAUCACCUAUCCAACCAACUAGAUCUUCAUACAUUGGAUCAGCUGCGUUUUGCUGUCCGAAACUACGUACAGAACCACUAAAAUAAAUGUAUGUUUAGUCGAUUGGCAUCAAAUGUUUGUUGCAUUAUAAAACCUAUUAUUUUUCCCUCCUGGUGAUGUUCUCUCCUCCCUAACCCAAAAACUUAAUCUUGGUAUAAUCUUUACAUCUUCCUUAUCGGAAUCCAUAAGGUUAUGAGAGCUGGUACCUAGCGUUUAGCUUCUUAUGCUGUUGUCCCCGAGCGUUCCGAUUCUUUUUUUUUUCUUUUGUGCAACGUUUGCAUCGACGUCAUUGGCAUUUGUUAGGUCUCUUCUAUCCCUAAAAUCGUUGUCUUGAUUAAUCUCUGGACAUCCAUUCUUGCCUGGCCCAGCAAUAACUAGUCCAACCCUUGCCUUCUUUUUCCUUCAUGGCUUCUUCUCUACGCCUAAUUAUUGAAGAUGGCCAUUUUCAAGAUGCGCAUGGGAGACAUGUCUUGUUAAGAGGCAUCAAUGUCGCAGGUGACGCCAAGCUACCCAGCCAACCCGACGUACCCUCGCAUAUCGCCCAAGACUUUUUUGACGGCGACAAUGUGAAAUUCCACAGCCGACCAUUUCGGAAAGAAGACGCACAUAUACACUUUUCUCGCUUAAAGCGUUUUGGAUAUAACACUAUUCGCUAUGUAUUUACAUGGGAGGCUAUCGAGGCAGCCGGCCCUGGGAGGUAUGACGAGGUCUGGAUUCAACACACGAUCGAUGUCCUACGGGCCGCUAAAGACUACGGCUUUUAUAUAUUCAUGGACCCUCACCAGGAUGUGUGGUCGAGGUACUGUGGCGGAUCCGGUGCUCCUAUGUGGACGGUUUAUGCCUGCGGACUGAAUCCCCAGAGUUUUGCUGCUACUGAGGCUGCGAUAGUUCAUAAUACGUAUCCCGAGCCCGAGAAGUUUCCUAAGAUGAUCUGGUCAACCAACUACGUUCGACUUGCGGCCGCAACGAUAUUUACGCUUUUUUUCGCCGGUCGAGAUUUCGCUCCUAAAUGCAUAAUCGACGGCAUAAAUAUUCAAGAUUAUCUACAAGGUCACUUCAUACGUGCUUGUGAACAUCUCGCGAAGCGUAUACACGAAGCUGGGGAUAUCGAGAAUGAUAUUAUCUUUGGAUGGGAAAGUCUAAAUGAGCCAAAUAGGGGCAUGAUUGGACAUGUUGACUUGAGUGUUAUUCCGAGCGAGCAGAACCUGAAAAAAGGGACAUCUCCAACGCUUUGGCAGGCUAUCCUGACGGGUUCUGGGCGGGCAUGCGAAGUAGAUACGUGGGAUAUGGGAGGUUUAGGCCCAUACAAAGUUGGGCGUGCUCUGAUUGAUCCUCAUGGCGAGACGGCUUGGUUGCCAGCAGAUUAUGAUGAAACCCGAUACGGUUGGAAGCGGGACCCUGGUUGGAGACUAGGAGAAUGCCUUUGGGCCCAGCACGGAGUGUGGGAUCCCUCUCAAGACUUACUCUUGCAAAAGAAUUACUUUGAGAAGAACCCAACCAACGGCGAUAAGCUUGACUACCCUACUUUUACCAACACGUAUUUCAUGGAGUUUUAUCGGAAAUACCGAGAUGCUAUCCGAGGAAUCCAUAAGGACGCGAUCAUGCUAUGUCAACCUCCGACCUUGGAGUUACCACCAAAUAUCAAGGGUACGGCAGAUGAUGACCCGAGAAUGGUUUAUGCACCGCACUACUACGAUGGUAUCACUCUCAUGACUAAGAAGUGGAAUCGGACGUGGAAUGUUGAUGUCAUGGGCAUCCUCCGCGGUCGUUACUGGCAUCCAGCUUUUGCCAUCAAGGUUGGCGAGACGGCGAUUCGGAAUUGCUUCAAAGAUCAAUUAGCGUCCAUCAGGAAAGAAGGCCUGGACUACAUGGGCAACCAUCCAUGCAUUCUUACCGAGUUUGGUAUUCCGUACGACAUGGAUGAUAAACACGCAUACAAAACCGGAGAUUAUUCAAGUCAAUCUGCGGCUAUGGAUGCGAACCACUUUGCUGUAGAGGGUGCAGCCAUGGAAGGGUACACAUUGUGGCUGUACUCGACUACGAACGACCACCAGCUGGGAGACCAAUGGAACGGAGAAGAUUUAUCCAUCUUUUCUGUUGAUGACCAGACUUUACCAGUUUCUUCAGUGCCGCGGACACCUGACCUUAACCAAUCGACAUCCAGUCUCUUGAAAACGGCUACUACUAACAGCAGGAAAGAAGUAGAUGAUGAGACCUCGGUCACGCCUGGCAACUUGAAGCGUACCUUAACAAAUCCUUCAAUAUCAUCAUCUAGACCGCCUAGUUCGAAUCCCGAAUUGACUAACGCACCUGGUUACCGUGCCGCGGAAGCGUAUGUCCGACCUGCGCCAAUAGCCACAAACGGCCCUAUAGCAAACUACGGUUUCGAUUUGAAGAAUUGUGAGUUCACAUUGAAUAUCGAUGGAACAAAUGCGCCUCCAGAUUUUCCUACGACAGUGUUCCUCCCGGAGUAUCAUUUCCCUAAGGAGCAAUGUACGGUGGUGGUCAGCUCAGGUAAAUGGGAGAUCAGCACGGAUGAUGAUGAACAAUCCUGGAUCCAAAAGCUCCGGUGGUGGCACGGCGAUGGCAAGCAGAGUCUUAAAGUGACGGGUUUGAUACGACCUCACAACACUCUAACUGGCACCUCUGAGGAGGCUGGAUACCUGGAGCAGUGCCAACAAUCUUACGGCUUCGACGUCAAAUCUUGCAGCGUAAUGUAAUUGACAUUGGCGGUUUUCUAGAUAUCUACCUACCUAUGUCAUAAAGAUUUGUCCGGUUGAUGUCAACUGCCUCGGGUAAGUUGUCCAGGCUGGGAAUGGUGGUAAGAGUGUUGAGUAUGGGUUGCACGACGUAUAAUGACAGGUACAUAAGAUGAGUAAUAUUGAUCGCGAUGCAUUUGACUGCAUGUCUCUGCAAUUCUGAUAAUUCUGCAAGGCACAGCAGGCACCUCAUUCAUUAACCCAAUUAACCCAAGGUUGGGUAUUAAAAUAGCCCCCAACGACAGGCUCUAGGCAUGGGCCUACAUGUGUGUUAUUGGGGGCCAAAAGAUAUCAGAAAUGUGACAUUGAUAAGUAGUACCCAAUUCGCGGUCAUAGUUUAGUAAAGGAGGAAUCACGAGCCUCAUGCAAGGAAGACUGCUUCGAAAUUCUACCAUACCUUCCAGCUGAGAUAUGUCAUUAAGGCUGACCACGUCUACGAGUUAAUUACGUUUCGGGGUCACUUUUCAGGAAUACUGAUAGAAAAGGCUUUGACACAAAUACAUAGUAUAAGUCGUUAACCUAGAGAAUUUUGAUGGUUAC